AGGCAAAGCAGAGGUUUUCCGUGAUUGGCUAUAUCCUGAUACACCAGUCCUGGAACUACAGCUGAAGUAAAAGCCUGUGGAUAAAGUACGUGAAGUGAACACGAUAAACAAACGUAAAACCAGCUGAAUAUCUUUACCAGCUCUUCCACGUCUCCAUUUUUAGGUCAGAAUGAGUGUUGGUUUCAUCGGAGCGGGUCAGCUGGCUCAUGCGCUGGUCAAGGGCUUCGCAGCAGCAGGUGUGAUCGCCACGCACAGGAUAACGGCAAGCUCUCCAGACACAGACCUGCCCACUGUCGUUGGGCUCAGAAAAAUGGGAGCAUACUUCACCACCAGUAACAGAGAGACUGUGAGCAAGAGUGACAUUCUCUUCCUAGCGGUCAAGCCACAUAUUAUUCCAUUUGUUUUGGAUGAGAUCGGGCCAGACAUCGAAGACCGCCACAUCAUUGUCUCUUGUGCGGCAGGAGUCACAAUCAACUCUAUAGAGAAGAAAUUGCUGCAGUACCGGCAGGCCCCUAAAGUAAUUCGCUGUAUGACAAAUACCCCAGUGGUGGUGCGUGAAGGGGCUACAGUGUACGCUACAGGCACACAUGCUGAGGUGGAGGAUGGGAAGCUCCUAGAGCAGCUAAUGGCCAGUGUGGGUUACUGCACGGAGGUGGAAGAAGACCUGAUUGAUGCCGUCACUGGCCUUAGUGGCAGCGGCCCAGCCUAUGCAUUCUUAGCUGUAGAUGCUCUUGCUGAUGGUGGGGUGAAGAUGGGACUGCCCAGAAGACUGGCUGUGCGACUUGGAGCUCAGGCCCUGCUUGGGGCAGCAAAAAUGCUCCUGGAGUCUGAGCAACAUCCCGGCCAGUUAAAAGACAACGUGGCUUCACCCGGAGGCGCCACGAUCCACGCUCUGCAUGUCAUGGAAAGCGGGGGCUUCCGUAGCCUCCUGAUAAACGCUGUGGAGGCGUCAUGUAUUAGAACCAGGGAGCUUCAGUAUUUGGCUGACCAGGAGAAGAUUUCUCCAGCUGCCAUAAAGAAGACAACUUUGGACAAGGUGCUUCAGCAGCCGGGUUCGAACACGGCAGGGGUCGGUGUCAGGACAGGCCUCAAUCUUUUUAACAACCCCUCCAAACACAAGAAAAACUGACUCUGAUCAUCACCAUGGUGUAGAAACGGGACAAAACCACUCAAUGCUUGCACAGAAGAGACUAAGGCCAAACAAAUGUGUAAUCUGUUGCAUUAUGUUCAGUGUGUUUUGUACAUUUUACUUUUGUCCUUUUGCUAGUUAGGACCAAGACCUAAAGCAGUAUCACUACUGUUCCACUUUAUUUGCACUCUAAACAAUACACUGUCUGUUAAGAAUCACCCGCUGAAUUAUGCAAAUUCUGUAUGUAAGUUGACCUGAAUUAAAUUAAAGCUUUUAUUGUGGGAUUUGCCAUAUUGGAUUUCUGUGUGAUUAUGUAAUACUUCUCAAUAGUUACAUUAAAUAUACUCUACAAA